AAAAUAUUUUUAAAUAUAGUAAUUGGGUUAUAAUAUAAGUUUCUAAAGCUUUUUUAAUAUGAUUGGAAGAGUAAAAUGCCUUCUGUAUAAUUAUUGUAAUUGCUAAACAAUAUAUAUCUACUAUCAAAAAUGGCAGACGAUUCUAUUUUUGAUAAGAAAAAAUCACACCAUGCGAAGCAGGCUGGGCGAAAAGCCGAUAAAAAGAAAAAGAAGAAUCAAAUUGAUCAAUCAAAUCUAAGUGCAAGACAGAGAAACCCAAAAGCCUUUGCAAUCCAAUCAGCUGUUAGGGCUGAAAGACAGUUUCGUAGGCGAGAGGAUGUGAUUGCUAAAAAACAACAUAUUCCCCAGGUCGAUAAAACUCCUCUGGAACCUCCUCCAAUUGUGGUUGCAGUAGUAGGGCCGCCACGUGUUGGUAAAACAACUCUAAUUAACAAUUUGAUAAAAAGUUUCAUAAAAACCAAUGUCACCAGUACAAAAGGACCAAUAACUAUUGUUACAUCAAAAAAGCGACGUAUUACUUUAAUUGAAUGCAACAAUGACAUUAAUUCAAUGAUAGACAUUGCGAAAUGUGCUGAUCUUGUGUUGUUGCUGUGUGAUGCAAGCUUUGGAUUUGAAAUGGAGAUAUUUGAGUUCUUAAACAUUUGCCAAGUACAUGGCAUGCCUAAAAUUAUGGGGGUCCUUACACAUCUUGAUAUGAUAAAGAAUGCUAAGAAACUCAAGAUGACAAAAAAGACAUUGAAGCAUAGGUUCUGGACUGAAGUGUACUCUGGGGCAAAAUUGUUUUACUUAUCUGGUAUAAUUCAUGGGGAAUAUCUUAGGAAUGAAAUUAAGAAUCUCUCCAGAUUUAUUUCUGUCAUGAAGUUUAGAGCUUUAAGCUGGAGGACAAGUCAUGCAUAUGUUUUAGCAGACAGAAUGGAAGAUAUUACAUCACAGGACAGUAUAAGAAAAGAUCCCAAAGUUUCGAGAGAUGUUGUCUUGUAUGGCUAUGUCAGAGGUGUUCCAUUACUGAAGGAUUCAGCAGUUCACAUUGCUGGUGUUGGAGAUAUGAAGAUAAGUGAGCUGUCAUACCUGCCAGAUCCAUGCCCACUGCCAAGCAGUGAGAAGAAGAGACAUUUGAUGGAAAGAGAGAGGCAAAUAUAUGCACCUUUCUCAGGAGUUGGUGGUAUUGUGUAUGAUAAGGAUGCUGUGUAUAUUGAACUACAAGGAUCACACUCACAUAAGAAAGAGGAUGAAGAAACAAAUGAAAAAAAAGCUUUGCUCAAAAAUGUUGUAGAAACAAAGGAAACAGUUGAUGAACAAAUGCAGGAUUCUGGCUUCAAGUUGUUCUCAGGUGGUGCUGUAAUUUAUCCUGACAUGUUAAAAGAUGAUGAAUAUCUUCAGCAUAGUAAGGAAAAUGAUAGUUCUGGAGAAUCUGACAUAGGCACUGAUGAAGAGUCUGACAAUGACAGUGGCAUUGAUCAAAGUGACAAACAUAAAUCAAAGGUUCCCUGGGAAAAUGAUUCUAACUCUGAAUGUGAUGAAGAAAUGGACUUUGAUGAAAAAGACAAUCACAGUGAAUCUGACAGGAGUAAUGAGUCAGAUGAAGAUUCAAAUAAAAAUGAGUUUAGUACAAAAUGGAAAGAAAGACUAAGUGAAAAAGCAACAAUGGCAUAUUUUGAUAGGCAGAGCACAUCAAGGAACAUAAUGAAACUUGUUUAUGGUGAGUUUGAGGUUAGAAACAAAAUAAAAGAAAAUCAGAAUGAAGAUAAAGAAAAUGAAAGUGAUGAAGAAAUUGGUGGCUUAUUUAAAAAAGUUACAAAGUCACAAAAAAGCAAUCAGAAAGAGAAAGAACAGUUAGAUGUGGAUGAGUGUUCCCAUUUUUAUGCAUUGGAUAAGCCCAAUACUAGAGAUUGGACAAAGGAGGUCAAUAAACAAGUUAUUAUUAAUAAUUUUGUAACUGGCAAAAGGUCAGCAGAUGAAGAUGCAGAGGAAUUAUUAAAAUUAGAUGAUGCAUCUGACGAAGAACAGGAACUAUAUGGUGAUUUUGAAGACUUGGAGACAGGAGAGAAGCAUGUAUUCACAGAAGGUAAAGAAAAAUCUGAAGAGUUAGGUUUGAAACGAAAAAUGGAGUCCACUAAAUCAGAAAUAUUAGACAAAAAAAUGAAACUAAAAGCUAAGUUUGAUGCAGAAUAUGACAAUCCAGAUGACCACAGAAUUAAAGGUGAUCAUUCAUACUAUGAAAACUUAAAAGCUGAAGCUCUUAAGCAAUCAGAACUUAACAAAUCUGUUUUUGAAAACUUAGAAGAUGGUCUGAGAAUUGAACUUGAAGGUUUUAGACCGGGUCUUUAUGUUAGAAUGCUAUUCAAACAAAUGCCAUCAGAAUUUGUUUCAAACUUUGAUGAAAGUUAUCCCAUUCUAAUAGGUGCCUUAAAUAUGGCAGAACAGAAUAUUGGUUUUGUGUCUUGCAAAGUAAAAAAGCAUAGAUGGCAUAAAAAGAUUUUGAAGACAAAUGACCCAUUGAUCAUUUCACUAGGUUGGAGACGAUUCCAAACUUUACCCAUAUACUCCAAAAUUGAGGAUGAUCUUAAAAAUAGAUAUUUAAAGUAUACCCCUGAGCAUGUCACAUGUAAUAUGCACUUCUAUGGGCCCAUUACUCCUCAAAACACAGGGUUCCUUGCUUUACAGACAGUUAGUAAUAAUACAAAUAAAAUUAGACAAUUGGGUUUCAGAAUAGCUGCAACUGGUAGUGUCAAUGAAAUAAAUAAGUCAACCCAAAUUAUGAAAAAACUGAAAUUAGUUGGUACACCUUUGAAAAUAUACAAAAAAACUGCUUUCAUUAAAGAUAUGUUCACCAGUACUCUUGAAGUGGGUAAGUUUGAGGGUGCAAGAAUUAAAACUGUAUCUGGGAUAAGAGGACAGAUCAAAAAAGCAUUAAAUAAGCCUGAAGGCGCAUUUCGGGCAACAUUUGAGGAUAAAAUAUUAAUGAGUGAUAUAAUUUUUUGUCGCACAUGGUUUAAGGUAGAUGUUACAAAAUUUUAUGCACCUGUUGUAAAUCUGCUGCUUCCAUUAGGGACUAAGAAUGCCUGGCAAGGAAUGAAAACUAAAGGACAACUUAAACGUGAACAUGAUAUUAAAAAUGAACCUAACACAGAUUCACUUUACACAGAUGUUGUUAGACAGCCUAAGGUGUUUAAACCAUUGAUUAUUCCAAAAGAAUUACAAAAGAGGUUGCCAUAUAGAUUUAAGCCAAAGAAGAAGUCAAAUAAAAUAUCAACUAAUAAUACAAAGGAAAAGUUUGAGAACAGAAUAGCAGUUAUAAAGAGCCCAUAUGAACAAAAUGUAUCCAAAGUUAUGAAAAUGGUUCGUACUAAUUACCAGAAAAAGAAGAAAGAUCAUAAGGAGGCAACUAAAGAGAGGAUAAUAAAGCACAAGAAAAAACAAGAUGAAGAAGAGUGGCGAAAAUUGAAAAGGCAGAAGGAAUUGAAAAAGAAAAUCUGUAGACAUUUAAGUAAAAUGUCCAGUAAACGAAAACCCCAGAUGUAAGAGGAUUUUCAUAAAUAAAUUAAACAAAUGUUUCUUUUAUAUAAUAA